CCAGUCUGAACUCCAAAAAAGACGACGGGCUUUUUCCCGACCUCAAAACGACAGCCCUCGCUGCAGCCGUCGUCCAUAAUUUAACACACCCGCACUAUCACCGUUUUCUUUCUCAAGCAUGCUGUCCCUCCUCCGCACAUCGGCCGCGGCAGUCCCUCUGCGGUCCCGCCCCACAUACGCUCUCUUCGCCCGCGCCUUCGCAACAAAGGGCGACGGCGACGAAUUCACAAAGCACGCCUCUAUACUCAAGUCGCUGGGCCUCGGCGCUGAGAACGACGGCGUGUUUACGGGAAAAUGGGGUGGAAGUGGACCGGUCGUUGAGUCUAUCAACCCCGCCACCAACAAAAUCAUCGCCAGCGUCCGGACAGGUACCGCCAAGGACCUGCGAGCCGCUCUGGAGAAGAUUGAGAAAGUUAAGCCUGCAUGGCGCGAGACCCCUAUGCCCAAGCGUGGAGAGAUUGUCCGUCAAAUGAGGGAGGAGCUUGAACAACACAAGCAGGCUUUGGGGUACCUUGUGUCGCUCGAGAUGGGGAAGAUUCUGCCUGAGGGUGUCGGAGAGGUGCAAGAGUACAUCGACAUCUGCGACUAUGCUCUUGGACUCAGCCGGCAAAUUGGCGGCAGUGUGAUUCCAUCAGAACGCCCAGGACACUUCAUGAAGGAGGUGUGGAACCCAUUGGGUACCGUCGGUGUGAUCUCUGCGUUCAACUUUCCCGUCGCUGUGUACGGAUGGAACAGCGCAAUCAGUCUGGUGUGCGGUAACGCGGUCGUUUGGAAGGGUGCACCAACCACGAACCUUUGCUCGGUGGCAGUGACCAAGAUCCUCGAACGCGUCCUGGAGCGCAACAACCUCCCUGGGGAGCUUUGCUCCCUGGUGUCCGGUGGCGCCGACGUCGGCGAGGCCAUGGCCAAAGAUCGCCGCGUGAACAUGCUGUCCUUCACCGGCUCGACCGCCGUCGGCCGACAGGUCGGCUUGACCGUGCAGGAGCGGUUCGGAAAGAGCCUUUUGGAACUCGGGGGCAACAACGCCAUUGUCGUCAUGGACGACGCCGACAUUGAGCUCGCCGUCCGCUCUGUCCUGUUUGCAGCAGUCGGCACCGCCGGCCAGCGAUGCACCACCACCCGCCGUCUGUUCCUCCACGAGAAGAUUCACGACCAGUUCAUCGAGCGUCUCACAAAGGCUUACGACCAGGUCCCGAUUGGCGACCCGCUUGAGUCUACCACUCUCUGCGGACCGCUGCACACCAAGCACGCUGUGCAGCUGUUCAAGGACGGUAUUGAGGCUGUGAAGGACCAGGGUGGAAAGAUUCUGAGGGGCGGAAAGGUCUUGAAGAGGGAAGGCAACUUCGUGGAGCCUACGAUCACGAGCAUCGACGGGUCUGCCUCGGUGGUCCAAAACGAGAUCUUUGUCCCCAUCCUCCACACAAUCAAAGUCACCUCCCUCGACGACGCGAUCGCCCAAAACAACUCGGUCAACCAAGGCCUCUCCUCCUCCAUCUUCACCCAAUCCCUCUCCAACGUCUUCAGGUGGACGGGCCCCUCAGGCUCCGACUGUGGGAUCGUCAACGUCAACAUCCCUACCAACGGCGCCGAGAUUGGAGGCGCGUUUGGGGGUGAGAAGGAGACGGGGGGUGGCAGGGAGUCGGGGAGUGAUGCGUGGAAGCAGUAUAUGAGGAGGCAGACUUGCACCAUCAACUACAGCGGUGCCUUGCCUUUGGCCCAGGGCAUAAAGUUUGCUUAAACAUUCGAUGCGUCUGAAUCACCAUUUUUGUAGUUGUGCGUUUGAGCUGGAGUAGGACAUGCGUAACAUUUUGACUGCAGAGUAAACAGACAUUCACCCAUUCCUUACCCAGCUGAGAUGGACUAGGCUAGCAGGAUAGAUAACAGCCAAUGCCAGUAAGCUGUGUCGUAUAUUUGUGGAUGAACAGCCAGAAUUGACCUGUCUAUAAGAUGCAGGGUGCAAAAAUUUCA